CGAACCAUAUAGUAAAAAAAAUCUACUUGAGCAGAACGAAGUGAAGCAUCGACAUCGACGCAUUCGUAAACCGGAAGCAACCUGAAGUGAUUUUGAAUUACCGAAAAGAGAUUUAUCGGGUGCGAUAGCAGAAGCGCGCGAAUCGUGAUUCUGCGUCAAAAGUGCGAUAGAAGUGGCAAAUGGACUGUGCCUUUCGGUACCGAUGAGAGAACACGUGGAGACGCAUUGUGCUUCAAAAACUGUAACCUGACUGAACCUGAAUGGUGCCGACAGCAAUAAAUAAAAGAAGAACAAACAGUGCUGUGAUUAAUUUUAGUUGUGAAAUUCGAAGAAAAUUAUCUAAUUCGCCUUCAGUAGCUGGAGCUCGAUGACGUUCGAAGAAUUUUGUGGUGGUCCCUUUUGGGACGCCAGUCUCACAUGGCGACCGGAAGAUCCGGACCUGACCUUCUGCUUCCAGCGUGUCAUCCUUCAAUGGGUGCCCUGCUUUUUUCUGUUCGUGUUCUCAUUCUACGAUGUGUACAAAAUCGCAACCAGCCGGUAUCGAGAUAUUCCCUGGAAUUGGUUGAACGUUUCCAAGAUCGUCAUCACCUUUCUACUGAUGGUCCUCUCGUGGAUCGACCUUGGCAUGGUGGUCAACUAUCAGAACCAAGAGGAUGUUUUCGAUGUUCAGAUCUUGGUGGCAGUGUUCAACGCUGUAGCCUAUAUAACCGUAAUCAUCCUGUACUACUUCUUCCGGAAAUAUGGCAUUCGUAGUUCGGGAACGAUUUUCAUCUUCUGGUUCCUGAAGGCCUUCCUCGGAAUCAUCCAGAUGCGAACGGAAGCCAUGAAGCAUGAGCAACGGGAAAAUCCGAUAGGAUCCAGCGAUACAGUCGUCUUUGCCGAAUACCAGUUCGUCAGUUAUACGUUGCAGUAUUCGUUUAUAUGCUUGAUAGUGCUGAUGGAAAUUUUGCCUGAUAAGGCACCACGUUACUCCGAGUAUCCCAAAAUGAAAAAUCCUAAUCCUGAGCUGAGGUCCAGCUUUUUCAUUAAGUUGUUGUAUUUGUAUUUCGAUCAGUUUACGUGGACUGGGUUCCGAAAACCGCUAACAGACAGCGACAUUUACGAUCUCAAUCCGCAAGACACGUCCCGAGAAUUGGUUCCUCCGUUCGACAAAUAUUGGUACGAGAGCAUCGAAAAUGGUCGCCAGAAACAAAUGGCUGCGGACAAAAAAGCAGGGAAAGUGAAUCCGGUGUACAAAUCGCAUGCUGCCACUAAUGGAUCGAUUCUUCCGGCCAUGGUCAAGGCAUACGGUGGCCCGUUCUGGUUCGCUGGAUUGCUUCAGCUGGGUAUCUCCGGUUUGCAGUUUGCUUCUCCGUAUCUUAUGCAGGAAUUGAUGGCCAACAUCGCCAUGGACGGACCAUUCUGGAUAGGAAUGACCAUCACAUUUGGUCUAUUUCUAACUUCGUUGUUGAUUGCACUGUUUAACGGGCAAUAUUUCCAGAAAACGUUUCUCGUCGGAUUCCGUAUUAGAACCGGGUUGAUAAGUGCCAUCUACCGGAAAGCUCUCCGCAUAUCUAGCUUUGCUAAGAAAGACACCACCGUUGGAGAAAUUGUAAACCUUAUGUCAGUUGACGCCGAGAGAUUCUUUGAACUGAUCUCCUACCUGCAUGAUUUGUGGUCCGCUCCACUUGUCAUCGCUUUAUGCAUCUACCUGUUGUACGAAAUUCUUGGCCCUUCGAUAUUUGCUGGACUUGGUAUGAUGGUUGUCAUGAUUCCGAUUACAGGAGUCAUUGCUAACAAGUUGCAUGGUCUUGAAGUGAAACAGAUGGAAAUUAAGGACGAGCGUGUGAAAAAAAUGAACGAAAUCUUAAGUGGCAUGAAGGUGUUAAAACUGUAUGCUUGGGAACCCAGUUUUCAGGAUGACAUAGUAAGCGUCCGCUCAGGAGAAAUCAAAGUUUUACGGGGUAUGGCCUACUAUGGAGCAGCUGUAUUCUUCGUGUGGAGCACGGCACCGUUCCUUGUGACGUUGGCGUCGUUCGCAGUGUAUGUGUUAGUCGACGAAAACAAUGUUCUUGACCCACAGACUGCAUUCGUUUCACUAGCACUGUUCAAUAUUCUUAGCUUUCCUUUAUCUAUGUUUCCCUUGAUGAUUACGUACGUCAUGCAGGCCUGGGUAUCCGUUAAACGAAUCAACAAGUUUAUGAACAGUGAAGAGUUGGACCCAAACAAUGUCACAAACAACCAUAGUGAAGACGCGCUAUCGAUCAAAGACGGAACAUUCUCUUGGGGCGACGACACACCAACUUUGAAAAAUAUUAACCUCACUCUUAGGAAAGGAAAACUAUCGGCGGUUGUGGGAGGCGUUGGAUCAGGUAAAAGUUCACUCAUUUCAGCCUUGUUGGGUGAAAUGGAGAAGAUUAAAGGAGCGGUCAACACGGACGGAACGAUUGCGUUUGUUCCACAGCAGGCCUGGAUUCAGAACGCCACUCUCCGUGAAAAUAUUCUAUUCGGACAACCAUAUAAUGCACAAAAAUAUGAUCGUGUACUUGAAUGCUGUGCGCUUAAACCAGAUUUGGCUAUGCUGCCUGGAGGAGACAGCACGGAAAUCGGUGAAAAGGGUAUCAAUUUAUCCGGUGGACAAAAGCAGCGAGUUGCCUUAGCUCGUGCCGUCUACGCCGAUGCGGAAAUUUAUCUAUUCGAUGACCCUCUGAGCGCCGUAGAUGCUCACGUCGGAAAACACAUUUUCGAAAAGGUUAUUGGACCAGAGGGAAUGUUAGUGGGACGAUCACGACUUCUCGUAACACAUGGUAUCUCGUUUUUGCCGUUUGUGGAAGAAAUUUUAGUGGUGAAAGGAGGAGAAAUUUCGGAAAGUGGAUCAUAUAAACAGCUGUUAGAUCGAAAGGGCGCCUUCGCCGAUUUCCUCAUGCAACAUAUCCAAGAGCUUGACGACGAAGAUGAGGAAAUUCAGAUAAUCCAAGAAGCACUAAAAGAUGAAUCUUCCACGAACAUUGUUAAACGAGCGAUGUCAACCAGAUCACAGAGAUCAGCAGGCAGCGGUGGCAGUCGUGGUAGCACCCGAAGGAAAAGAACAAGCCGUCAAGAAUCACGAAACAGUAACAAGCCUGUAGACGCUGCAGGAACUCCCGUAAAGGGUGUGGCAUUGAUAGAAAAAGAAGAAUCGGCAACAGGUUCAGUGAGUUACACAGUCUACAUCAAGUACUUGAAAGCAAUUGGAUGGAACAUGGCAUUCUGGUCAAUAGCACUAAGCAUCGUGAAUCAGGGUGCUGCCAUUUACGGUAACAUUUGGCUCACGGAAUGGUCUGAGGAUCCCAAUGCAGCUACCGAUAACUCAGUCAGAGAUAUGUAUCUCGGCGUAUACGGAGGCUUGGGCGGUCUGCAAUUGUUUGCACUCCUAGGUGCAUCUAUCGUAUUGGCUCUUGGUUGUUUAAAGGCAGCAAACACCAUGCACAACAAUCUACUCGAGAGCAGUAUGCGCAUGCCCAUGUCUUUCUUCGACACAACCCCCCAAGGUCGUAUAAUGAACCGCUUUUCCAAGGAUGUGGACGUUGCCGAUAAUACUCUACCGCAGUCCAUUCGUAUGUGGCUAUUGAUGUUCUUCGACGUCAUUGGAGUGUUUAUCGUGAUAGGAAUUUCCACUCCAAUUUUCCUAGCAGUCGUACCGGUUUUCCUCAUAAUCUACUACGCCAUUCAGAAAUUCUACAUUGCAACAUCUCGGCAACUGAAACGAUUGGAGUCAGUUGCCCGAAGUCCCAUAUACUCUCACUUCGGAGAAAGCAUCACUGGACAAUCUACGAUCCGAGCGUAUGGUCAACAAGGCCGUUUCAAAGAGGAAUCGGACAAACGUAUUGAUUACAAUCAGCAGAUGUCUUACCCAAGCAUCUUGGCGAACCGAUGGUUGGCCAUUCGCCUAGAGAUUGUCGGCGCGUUUGUAGUUUUCUUCGCCGCGCUGUUUGCCAUGUUGUCUCGGGAUUCCAUCGGUGCCGCUAUGGUCGGUUUGUCCAUCAGUUAUGCCCUGCAAGUAUCCGCCGUGUUGAGUUUCCUUGUGCGAAUGACAGCUGAAGUGGAGACUAACAUUGUAGCCGUUGAACGUUUGGAAGAAUACACUGUGUUACCGCGAGAAGCCGAGUGGAAAAUGGGAACCGUAGACAAGGCUUGGCCACAAGAAGGAAAUGUGCAGUUCUCUGACUACCAAAUACGCUAUCGGGAAGGAUUAGAUUUGGUGAUAAGAGGAAUUACACUCAACGUGAAAGGAAAAGAGAAGAUCGGCAUUGUUGGGCGAACUGGAGCAGGAAAGUCAAGUUUGACGAUCGGUUUGUUCCGUAUUGUGGAAGCCGCAGGUGGAUCGAUCGUUAUCGAUGGUCACGAUAUCUCAAAGAUGGGUCUACAUCAGCUGAGAAGCCGUCUAACGAUUAUUCCGCAGGAUCCGGUUCUAUUCUCGGGUACACUGCGGAUGAACGUAGAUCCAUUCAAGAGUUAUUCAGACGAUCAGGUCUGGAAGGCGUUGGAGCUUUCACAUCUGAAAGCAUUCGUGAAGGGACUUCCAGCUGGACUGGAACACGAAGUAGCAGAGAGUGGGGAAAACCUGUCAGUCGGUCAGCGGCAAUUGAUCUGUUUGGCGAGAGCGAUUUUGAGGAAGACAAAAGUGUUGGUAUUGGAUGAAGCUACGGCGGCUGUCGACAUGGAGACGGAUGACCUUAUUCAGAAAACCAUCCGGUCAGAGUUUGCCGACUGUACAAUCCUAACAAUUGCGCAUCGCCUGAAUACUAUUUUGGAUUCGACCCGUGUGUUAGUUUUGGAUAAGGGACUUGUAGCGGAAUGUGACACACCACAAAAUCUUCUUGCCGACAAGUCGUCCAUAUUCUACGAUAUGGCCAAAAACGCUGGAAUUGUUUGAGAUCGAAGUAAUCGCAACCAGAGCUCUUAACAAUCGAAUGUUUUUGGUGAAGCCCGUUGGCCUUCUUUGUCACCCUCACUUCGUAGCAUGUUCAUAUUAGGCUGAACACUGCCAAAUUCCGAUCGAAUAUCAUUCAAUCUGAACCCGACGUUCAACUGAGGGACACUUUUAGCGCCAAAAGUCUAUAUAAUCCAGGAUAAUUAAAUGAAUCUGUGAAGAAGAAAACUGAAUACGUAUUUCGACCUUAACUGUGAGGCCGUCUUCAGUGUCUCGUACUUGAUUCGAAUAGUCGAGUCAAGUACGAGACCUUACCUCGGUCCAUGUAGAAAUACAUAGAAAUACUCUUCAACGAUAAAUAUAGUUGCAAUUGUAUGUAAAUUGAAAAUGACAUUACUUCUAAAACAAAUAAAAUCAU